CUUCUAAAAGCUCUAUAAUUUUAACUCCUUUUUUGCCCAUGAUCCAUCUUUUUUUAAGUUAAUUAAUUAAUUAGCCCUCUCCGCGCUACCCAGACAGGGGUCCAUACAGCGUUAUUCUGGAUUCCCGUCAUAAUGGACAUUGCCAUCCCGUGCAACAACAAGGGAGCUCACUCAGUGGGUCUGAUGUGGAUGCCUGCCCAGGAAGUUCUGCGCAUGCGUGGCACCAUCUCCCAUGAACACCCAUGGGAAGUCAUGCCUGAUCUCUACUUCUGCAGAGAUCCUGAAGAGAUUGAAAAGGAAGAGCAGGCAGCAGCUGAGAAGGCUGUGACCAAGGAGGAAUUUCAGGGUGAAUGGACUGCUGCAGCCCCUGAGUUCACUGCUACUCGACCUGAGGUGGUGGACUGGUCUGAAGGUGUGCAGGUGCCCUCUGUGCCUAUUCAGCACUUCCCCACUGAAGACUGGAGCGCUCAGCCUGCCACUGAAGACUGGUCUGCAGCUCCCACUGCUCAGGCCACCGAAUGGGUAGGAACAACUACUGAGUGGUCUUAAGCUGUUCUUCCACAAACUCUUAAAAUUGAAAUAGGUUGACAGAAAAUAAA